UUAGGGGCCCUGAAGAGUAGUGAGAGAGGAGAUGUAGCGCUUGUUCCUGAACCUGGUAGUGUGAGACCUUCUUCCCAAAGGCAGCAGCAAGAAGAGAGUGUAACCUGGGUGGUGGGGGUCCCUGAUGAUGGAUGCUGCUUUCCUGCGACAACGCUCCGUGUAGAUGUGCUCAGUGGUAGGGAGAACUUUACCCACGAUGGGCUGGGCAAACUGUUACCUCCAUAAAGUCCUGUUUGUGGGCUCUGGACUCUGUUACCUCUUGUGUACCAUUAUUCUGCUUUUGGUACCUGUUCCCAGUAUGCUGUACUGUAUGGAGUUUGUCAGAAUUUCCUGCUUUGAUUUGUAUAUGCCCGCUACUGAUACUGGAUCACCCAUUGCUCUCUAGUUUUAGUGGAAUCCUUACACAUUUCAGUGAUACAUUAAUGUGUUUGCCCAGGGCUGCAAUUCAGUAUUAAGUGCACGUUGUAAGACGAGCCUUGGCAAUGUUUGCAUCUCAGGUGGUUGAACUUGCUGAUGAGCUACCUGUAUUUGUUUUUGAUGGUGAAGUCAUAAUGCAGCAAGCCCCACAAAGGAGGCUUCUGAAAAGGCAAAACAGUUUUGGCCAAUUGGUGUCAAUGUACGGUCAUGCCUGUAUCAAAUGGUAAAGGCUUCUGGAUUCCAUCCUGUGUGGCAUAAUUGGACACUUAUAACUACUACUUCUGACUUUUAAUGACGGUUAACAGUCCAACUGAAAGGUUCAUCACUGCCACCUACUGGACUGGAGUGUGGUGGAGAGAGUUGGGAAAUAAAACUCCUGCCAGUUAUUUAUCACAUGAAAACUAAAUUACCCUAAAAAGCCCAGUAGAGUGUAAAUAAUGAAAGACAAUAGUGUGAAUUAAAUUAAAGUUCCUUCCAUAACUUAGUUUUUAAAUGAAAACUGUCAACCCCUAAAGAUAGUAGUGCAGCCUGCUUCACAUUGUAAAAGAAUGUGUUUAACUGUUUCAUAAUGAUGGCAACACCCACACACCCCAGAGUGGUUUUGCAACAAGAGGUAAGGGAUAAUUAAGCAUAGUAUGCCCGAUUCCAAGCCUUCGCUUCCGCCUUCUCCCAUCAAUCUAACAAUUUUAUGUAUUCUGUAAAGGUGUCUCCCCUUAUACCCAUUAUCCCACGAGUCUUGCCAUAAUCCCCUAACUCUUAGCCCCACCAACCCCUUGGCUUCUGAUUUGCUAAGUGGAAGGUCGACGUCCACAGGUGAACUUUUCACAGCUUUUUUAGCCAAACAGUAAAACCGCUCAUUCCCCUCGACACCUGUGUGCAGGGACCCACAAGAAGCUGACAUGUAGACCAAUAGUUUGAAUAUGAAAUAAAGUUUGAAGAGCUUCCAACAGUAAAUCUGACCUACUGUCAGACCUGUUUUAAGAGUUGUCAGAACAGAAAAAGAAUCUGAACAAAUUAUAACUUUGCAUGGACAGAUUUCCUCCACCCACUGUAAACCCAAACAGAUUAGAUUAGAUUCAACUUUGUUGUCAUUGUGCUGAGUACAGAUACAAAGCCAAAUGAAAUGCAGUUAGCAUCUAACCAGAAACGCAAAGAAUAGUGUUAUUUACAAAGUAAGUGCUACAGCACACAAAUAUAUAAGUACUGGGAUCUUAUUGAAAUGUAUAAAAUUCUAAAGGGAUUGGACAGGCUAGAUGCAGGAAAAUUGUUUCUGAUGUUGGGGAAGUCCAGAACGAGGGGUCACAGUUUAAGGAUAAAGGGGAAGCCUUUUAUGACAGAGAUGAGGAAAAACUUCUUCACACAGAGAGUGGUGAAUCUGUGGAAUUCUCUGCCACAGGAAACAGUUGAGGCCGGUUCAUUGGCUAUAUUUAAUAGGAAGUUAGAUAUGGUCCUUGUGGCUAAAGGGAUCAAGGGGUAUGGAGAGAAAGCAGGUACAGGGUUUUGAGUUGGAUGAUUAGCCAUGAUCAUACUGAAUGGCGGUGCAGGCUCGAAGUGCCGAAUGGCCUACUCCACCUAUUUUCUAUGUUUCUAUGUACAAUAUGGGUGCAAUACUGCUUAGUGCUGUGAUGUGAGGUUCAGCAGGGUCACAGCCUCAGGGAAGAAGCUCUUCCUGUGCCUGCUGGUGUGGGAGCGGAGGCUCCUGUAGCACCUACCAGAUGGGAGGAGAGUAAAGAGUCCAUGGUUAGGGUGAGAUGCAUCCUUGAUAAUGUUUUUCGCCCUGCCCAGCCAACCAGCUCUGCUGUAUAUACUAAUAAAUGGUUAGUAAGACAUUUCCUUAUUGUUACCUGUAAUUCGGGCACAAAAACAGCCACAUCUACACCAAUAUUCCCUGUUAAAUUAUCUUUUGAUCCAUCAGUAAAAAUGGUUAGCAUAUCACAAUAAUUUAACAUAUUGAUGAAUGAACAGACGCUCAGGCAUAUCAAGAUCCUUGGACCAUUAGAUCAUGCAACCUAAAAUCAGCUAAAGUCAUUGGAAAAAAAGCCAUGGUGGGGUUACUGAAAAAGCUACAGUAGGACAUGAUGCAUAAGCCAGCAAACCCAUAUUCCUAGCAUGAUAAGCACCCAGCCACCCAAAACUAAAACCACUCUUCUUGUGAUGUUCCCAACAAUCACUUAACAGGGUGAUCAUUGCUCUGCCCCCUCGUUAACCUAGUAUGUUAACAUCAACUUCAAACUCCUCAACUCUAAGGGUAAUUGUCCCAUUUCAACCAGUAAAGGUGAAACAGCAGAUGAUCUUACUGCUCCACAACACAGUCUUAAUGCCUGUGCUUAUAUCACAUAAACUAUUUUAAAUUCGAUGAUGAAGCUGAUCCGUAAGCCACACAGCCACAAUGAAGCACAGAUCUUAUUAAACAAAUAUAAGUGAUGAUAAAGGUUUUCAUGUAGCACCCCAGGAAUAUGCACUUAAACACCUGAUAUUUAAUGCCCCUUUAUAUUCAUCAAUUAUCUUACUGAUAUGGUGCUUAUUAUCCAGCUACAUGCCAAGAAAUCUUAACACUGACACUUCUUCAAGAGUUUGACCGAUUCUAUUUAUAAAACGUAUGUUGUGUUUUAGCUACUAAAAGCUUAACAUGCCAUCUAUUUGCCCACUUUGCCCAUUCCCUCUCAUAGAAGCCCAAAUAUACCUUGCAUAGACUAUCCAAAUAAAAAACUCAGAAAAAAAAUAUAUUUACCCUUCCCCCUCACUCCUCAUUUCCAUAAUUUAAUCAAAAGACCCUCCCUCCAUAACAUAUCAUGCUUUUUCUAUAUCAAAAAAUACUGCUAUUACAACUUUUUUCCCUGUGCUUUCCUAAUAUCAUCUUCCUAACGUAAAGCUGAAUCCAAUGUCCUUCUGCACUUCUGAAACCUGCUCUGAUAAAAUGCAAGAUCACCUCUUUUUUCCAAAAUAUAACUCAAUUGCUCUAUUAGGAUGCAUUUAAUAAGUUUCCACAAAUGGGACGUUAGUGAUGUUGGUCUAUAACUGAUAUUUAUAACAAUUCAACUCCUUGUUUAUAUUUCAAGAAGUGUUUCUUAACAGGGUCCAACUCAAAUGAUGAAUGAUCCCAGAUGAUGAUCUACCUAGGGAAGUGGUUUUGGGAGAUGAGCAUGGCCAGCUUGCACACCUAUUUACUAUCUUCAGUCAUAUCGUGGAGCUUCAUUAAAGAUGGUUAAUGUCUUGAAAGGAGUUCUUAUUGAAUGUGAUCCGGCCAUGAAACAAUUUUUGCUGUACCUGGAUGAUACAAAUGCUUUGGGGAAAAAAUUCAUAAUACAAGACCUGGAUGAUACUCAUUUAUUUGUCUUGGCUGAGGUAGUCCAUGUCCUACAAGAAAAAGUUGGAGACCUAAUGGAUCAGAAUUCAUUUCCACUAACGCAGAAAUAAAGUCGCAUGAUUAAGCGACAGAGACAGAUCUUGAGCGUUGGAUCAAUAUGUCAUUGAUCCGCUGGUACAAAGACCCUGGACUGACAGCUGCUUGGAAAUGGAACUCGUGCAGGAAUUUUGCCUCAGUAAAAUAAUUUUGGUUCAUCUACAUCCAGAAGGUAAUUUCUGUUACUGAUGGUAAAUAGAUGAUGUAUAAUGGAUAUUCUGGUGAACUGGCCUUGGACUGAAGGAAGUGCAUUUUAUGAGGAAUCACUGAAAGUUAAUGGUAUUUGUCUAACUGUGUGCACUCCACGUGACUGAAUCAUCUGCAAGUGAUGUUGGUUUUGAAUGAAUUGAGACUCUUCCAAUUUGUCUGUAUUCCAAUGUACACUUUUGAUGAAUGGUCGCAUCUUCCUUUUGCUGAUCCUAUGGCGUAGGUCUUUAUGGAAUAACUUGCCUUCCAAAACCGUUCUCUCUUCUUUUGGAUUACUUUGUAAAGAAAUUCUGUAUAUCCUUUGUGUGGCUUUUUGGUGUUAUCAAUAAAUCUCACAUUAUAAAAAGCA